AUGCUCAUUCUCCUGGAAACUCCAGCUGGUUUCGCCCUUUUUAAAGUUUUAAAGGAAGGAAAGCUAAGCAAACCUAAAGAUUUAUGGAAAUCUUUUACUACAGUGGAGAAAGCCAAUGAAUUCGUUAAACUUCUUGACUUUCAUAAAUUUCGAGAUACAGUUGAGGCGCUUGCUAAUUCUACUGCUAUUGUUGAGGGAAAGGUUAGUAGUGAUUUAGAUACUUUUUUAAGAAAAUGGGUUAAAAAAGGCAAAGUUGAUGUUCUUGGAGUUGCUGAUGCCAAGUUUGCUGGAUCUCUUAAAGAAAAGUUGGGUAUCUCUUGUUCCACCGAAGAAUCCGUUAAAGAAGUUUUACGUGGAAUAAGAGGUCAAGUAACUUCGUUAAUUUCUGGAAUGCCUGAUGCUGAUUUUCGCGCAAUGAAUCUUGGUCUAGCCCACUCGCUUUCUCGUUAUAAAUUGAAGUUUUCACCGGAGAAAGUGGACACCAUGAUAAUCCAGUCUAUCAAUCUUUUAGAUGAUCUCGACAAAGAGCUCAAUACUUGUUCAAUGCGGGCUAGAGAAUGGUACGGGCUGCACUUCCCAGAGUGUUCUAAGCUUAUACCCGACAACGUUGCUUUUGCACGGAGCGUUCUUACAAUGAGAACUCGUUGUAACGCUUCUUCGGUGGACCUCUCCGACAUUCUACCCGAAGAGGUUGAAGAAGAAGUAAAGCGGGCGGCAGAAAUUUCAAUGGGCUCCGACAUAAGCGGAGAAGAUAUUAACAACAUUUGUGCACUUUGCGAGCAAGUUGUGAAUCUAAGCGAGUACAGGGCGCAGCUCUUUGACUACCUCCGGAACAGAAUGAAUGCCGUAGCACCAAAUCUUACCGUGAUGGUGGGGGAACUAGUAGGCGCUCGGUUAAUUGCCCACGCUGGCUCCUUGCUUAAUCUGGCGAAGUGCCCGGCAUCCACCGUUCAGAUUCUGGGCGCUGAAAAGGCUUUGUUCCGUGCUCUGAAAAAUAAGUCUAAUACUCCCAAGUAUGGGCUUAUCUAUCACGCUUCGUUAGUGGGCCAGUCCGCCCCAAAGCAUAAAGGAAAAAUAUCGCGAGUGCUUGCAGCGAAGACUGCUCUAUCUAUUCGCUGUGACGCCCUUGGAGAGGUGGAGGAUAAUUCAGUUGGUAUUGCAAAUAGACUGAAAGUGGAGUCGCGGCUCUCACAGCUGGAAGGAAGGCCGGUUAAGUUAUCUGGGCUUGGAAAGUCCCUUGCUCAAGCUGAAAAGUAUGAACCAAAGCCUGUUUCUUUAUACAAUCCAGCCACUGACUCCACGGUGGGGAUCUUAAAAAAAAGGAAAAAAACUGCGAAAGGUCAAUCAAAAAAAAUAAAGCACACUGAAGUUGCCGAGCUUGAGAGCGUAACAGAGACCAUUCGCAAAGACGAAUCUAUAGAGCUCGGAAGGAAGCAUAAGAAGUCUAAGAAGGAAAAGAAGGAAAAGAAAAGUAAAAUUACUAAAGUUAAUAUUCAGGAAAUUAGCACUGAUAUUCCCACAUCCUCAAAGAAGUCAAAAAAAUCUAAAAAGAAGCAGAAAGAAUAUUAAGAUUGGCAAAUAUUUUU